AUGUCUUUCCAUCGGCGGUCUGCUUCCCUUUUAUUGGUACUCGGUGCCAUGAUUCUUUGCCUUGUCGGUUCCACCUCAGCCGUCAAGAUCAGAGAUGGAGCCGAUCCAACCAUAAUGAAGGUUGGAGAUACCUAUUACUCCGCUGAGUCUGCCGGCGGAAUCUAUGUUCGUGCAGCAUCAUCGCUCGAAGGUCUCGGUGCUGCAGACGUUCGACGAGAGAAAGUUUGGAACGAUGAUAUCGGCGAUGUUUGGGCUCCUGAAAUUACAACCGACUUGGGCAGGACCUUCAUCCACUUUUCGGCGGGAAAAGAUGCUGCUCACCGUAUGUAUGUUAUCAGCGCUGACUCGCCUUUGGGCACGUACUCGGCUGCGGAGAAGUUGGCUUUGCCAGAUGAUCAGUGGGCGAUUGAUGGUACUUUCUUUGUUUUUGAGGGUCUUGGCUGGUUUGUCUGGUCCGGUUGGGCGAGCGAGAGCGAGAAUGGCGAGCAAAACCUGUACAUCUGCCGUAUGGACAGUCCCUCGAAGCCUAUCGGUCCACGAUUCAUCAUCUCCCAACCCCGUGAGGGCUGGGAGAAAGGAGACAGUCCAGCUGUAAACGAAGGACCUGAAGCCAUUGUCGACCCCAACGGGCAAUUGCACAUCGUCUACUCUGCCAAUGGAAGCUGGAACAACAAGUACUGCCUCGCCGAUCUCCGUCUUCGGAAAGGAGGCGAUCCCACGUACGUUUGGGACUGGUACAAGUCCAACGGCUGCCUCUUUGGCUCUCACCAAGACAGAAUGAUGAACGGCUGGGACGCGACACUUUACAUUGAUGGACCAGGCCACCAUACCUUUGCUCUCACUGACGGCGCUGUCAACCAGAGCCCUGGCGGAACGACAGCCAUUCCUUUUGUGUUUCAUGGGGUUCAGAAGGGUACUGAGUAUAAGUGGGAAAAUCGUGCUUGGCUUACUGGUAGCUUCGUCUGGUGGAGCAAGACGACCUACAGCAGAAAGAGUGUGCCCGGUGACAACAACAACGAGGGCUACAGCUUCAAGUUUUUCGAGUAA